AUGAAGAGAUGCAAAGACGAGGAUUUUGGUCCCGCGCUGGGACCCGGACCUGACUGUCACAAUUUUGAUUUUACUCUGUUAUUUGAAGAUUGCAUUUUCAGCCUGAUUCCGUCUGUCAUCGCCAUUAUCGUCUGCGCAUAUCGCGCGUCUACCAUAUUUAAAAGGUCAAAAGUCAUCAGUUGGUCAUUGGCACGCGCAUUGAAAUUGACCAGUUUCCUGCUUCUCGUCAUAUUUCAACUUGCACUCGCCGCCAUUUGGAGUCAUGGUUCGCAUACUCGCCUUACACUGCCCGAACGGGUUUGCGCACUGGUCGCGACCCUGAGUUUAGCGGUUCUCUCAGACCUGGAACAUAAUCUGAUCAUUCGACCUUCCAUGAUCAACCAAUUCUAUUUCUUCUCUACGGCUUUGCUCGAUCUAGCCCGUGUACGGACUCAGUGGUUGAUUGAUGAUAACACCAUAACGGCCUCGUUAAUGACAGUCGUGUUGCUUCUGAAGCUUGUCAUUCUGGCGCUGGAAUCCAUACCAAAGCACCGACAUGCCAGUGAAAAGUCGACCGCAACACCGCUCGAGAGAUCGGGCAUGUUUGGUCGUGCACUAUUGUCUUGGCUAAAUCCUCUCCUGCUUACCGGCUACAGGAAGAAUCUAGCUCUCGAUGAUUUGUUUCCCCUCGACCAGGAUUUGAGCGGUGCUGAUCUAACACAAGCCUUUCAGAAUACAUGGAAUGGGGCAAAGAAAUCGCGGAAACAUUGCUUGUCUCUUGCCGUCAUCUCCAACUUUGGCAUGGAGAUGCUGAUUUCUUGGAUUCCUCGCUCGUUUCACAUAGCAUUCACCAUGGCCAAGCCCUUUCUAGUUCAAACUACUCUAAACUAUAUUAUGAAUCAUCAAAAUCUACCUCCGAGCUACGGAUAUGGGUUGAUUGGAGCUUGGGGUAUUGUUUAUACCGGCAUAGCGAUCUCAGAUCAAAUAUUCAACUUUCUCGUUUAUCGACUCAUGGUAAAAGUGCGUGGCGCUUUGGUGGGAAUCAUCUAUCGAGAUAUGCUCAACGUGCGAGCUCAGAGCAACAACUCGUCCAUGGCGCUGACGCUGAUGAGCACGGAUGUGGAUCGAAUCUGCCAGACUGGCCGUUGGCUGGUCGACCUCGUGCCGAAUGUGGUACAGGUGGGAAUUGGGCUUUAUAUUCUUGGGAUACAACUCGGCGCCGUCUGCGUGGCCCCGUUGGUCGUUGCUCUGCUGUCCGCAUUGGGCGCUGGGGCUAUUGCCAAGUCGGUGCCCGUCCGCCAGAAGGCGUGGAUUGCCGCGAUCCAAAAGCGUGUCGGCAUUACUUCCGACAUUCUCGGUACCAUGAAGGGGGUUAAAAUGCUGGGCUUGAGCAGAGCGCUCGCAAAGCAAAUACAAAGCUUGAGAGAGUUCGAGUUAGCAGAGUCCAAGAAGUUCCGCCAGCUACAGAUUUUCCUCAUUGCCAUGAAUAUGCUGCCCAUAUUCUCAAUUUCUGCCGUGACCUUUACCGUCUACGCGAUUGUCGCGAAAAUCUCCGGGAGCACACUCGGAAUUACCCAAGCAUUCACCUCUUUGAGUCUACUCAGUAUUCUUAUGAUGCCAGUGGCACUGCUGGUCACAUCUCUCGGUCAAAUUGCUCAAUCGCUGGCUUGUUUGGAUCGAAUCCAAGCCUUCCUUCUCCUUGAGAAGAGAUCAGAAUAUCGGACUGGGAAACGUACAGUCACCAGAGACGGUAGCGCGCCACCAGACUCCCAGAAGCCAGAUGCAGCUAUUAUUAGUUUGAAAAACGCCACAUUCGGAUGGGCCGAGGACAAGGACAAUGCCACGAUUCACAAUAUCAAUACCGAAAUCCUGUCUUCAUCACUAACUUUGGUGGUGGGACCGGUCGCUUCAGGAAAAUCGACUUUGUUGAAGAGCAUCCUCGGAGAGACAUAUCUUCUCGGCGGCACCAUUGAUGUUGCGGGUCAGGAUAAUAUCGCCUACUGUGACCAAGACGCGUGGAUCCUAAAUCUUCCCAUUCGACAAAACAUAGUAGGAUUUUCUGAUUACAGGGAAGAAUUCUACAAGAAAGUCCUGACUGCAUGUCAACUUGACGAAGAUCUGAGUCACUUGCCCGAAGGCGAUCUCUCCUUGGUCGGAACUCAAGGGAUCUCACUGAGCGGCGGACAAAAGCAAAGAAUUGCCCUAGCAAGAGCUGUUUACAGUGGCAAGAAACUGGUCAUUCUCGAUGACACCAUGAAAGGCCUUGACGCUGAUACCUCGAGCAAGUGUUUUUCUGCCUUACUGGGGAGAAAUGGUUUGUUGAGAACAAGAGGUACCACGGUAAUCAUGGCUACACAUAACGCGCAAUGGUUUCCCCAUGCCGAUAGACUCAUUGUACUGAGCGAAGGUGGAACACUUGAGAAUUACGGGACAUUUGAAACGCUCAGAGAAUCAGAUGACUAUAUUCGCAGUCUUCAGUUUCGAAAUAGCUCCGACGAGGAAAGUGAGGACGAAAACGACAUUCCAACAAAAGCCGAGUCACUUGAAGAAACCAAAGAAGUACCCGACUUGGAGACCCACGAGAAACUUCAGUUGAUGCCUAGCAACAAGGAGGCUUCUGCCACAGCAGAGGAAAAGCAGAGGGGCAAAGUCAACAGCUCUUUGCCUUACUAUCUGCGCUCGCUCAUGAGUACUACCUUUAUCGUAUUCUGUUCUCUGAUUGUCUUUCAAACAGCAUGUCGCAUCAUUCAACCACUAUGGCUCAACUUUUGGACUGCCGCCAAUGCCAGAAACCCUAGAGAGGAUCCAGCGAAGUGGAUCGGUAUAUACGUUCUGCUCUGUGUAUUGAACAUUGCGGGAAUGAUGACUCAAUUUGCACUCUUCUUGCUUCGCAUUAUUCCCAGGUCUGCUAAACAGCUGCACUGGGCGAUACUCGAGGUUACAAUGCAUGCGCCCAUGUCAUACUUUGUCUCGACCGACGUUGGACAGCUGGUCAAUAGGUUCAGUCAGGACAUGACGCUCGUUGACUUUCCCCUGCCAAUCGCCAUGAUGCAGACUUCUGAAAUGUUUGUGGCGGCUGUUGGCGAAAUCAUAUUGACUUGCGUUUCCUCGGGCUACCUUGCUGUCGUUGUACCAUUUCUCGGCGUGAUACUGUUCUUCAUACAGAAAUUCUAUCUCAGAACAUUACGGCAGCUUCGUCUGCUGGACCUCGAGACCAAGUCGCCAGUCUACUCUUUUUUCAUCUCAUCCUUUGCCGGACUCACCACGAUUCGAGCGUUUUCAUGGUCUGAAAAGUCGUAUAAUGAGCACAUUCAGCACCUGGACACGUCGCAGCGCCCCUUCUAUCUCCUUUAUUGUGUUCAGAGAUGGCUUACGAUGGUGCUCGAGCUGACCGUUGCCGGCUUGGGGGUAUUGCUGGUGGGACUCUCCGUCGGUCUCAGGGAUAGAGUCGAGCCUGGACUCUUGGGCGUUGCAUUGACAAAUUUGAGCAGCUUCGGAAUGACAAUGUCGCAAGUCAUCAUUUUUUGGACAGAGUUGGAAACAUCACUAGGCGCAAUUACUCGUAUUAGAGAGUACACGGAAGAGACUGCACGAGAAAAAGAAGGCACAGACGAGCCACCUCCACAAUGGCCCAGUCAAGGUGCCAUAUCCAUUUCUCAGCUCAGCGCCAAAUUUGGCGAACAUACCGUCCUGGAUGGGAUUGAUCUGGAUAUUAAUCCUGGUGAAAAGGUCGCAAUAUGUGGACGCACUGGAAGUGGCAAGUCGACACUACUCGCCCUCUUGCUCCGCUUGUACGAGCCGAUGGGAGGCACCAUGACCAUCGAUGGUAUCGAAACGUCCACGCUGGAAAUUGACACACUACGCGAGAGACUCGUGACCCUGCCUCAGGAUCCAUUGCUGCUCUCGGGAACGGUGCGCUAUAACCUAGAUCCGGCAUCUGGCGUGGAAGAUGAUGAACUCCUGGCUGCCUUGGAAAAGACUGGGCUGCUCUCGGUUAUACAGGACAAAGGGGGCCUUGACGCCGACUUUAAUGCCGACUGGCUGAGCGCCGGACAAAAGCAGUUGUUUUGUUUAGCGAGGUCCAUGCUGAGGCAAAGCCGCGUGUUGCUGCUUGACGAGGCGACGAGCAGCCUGGAUCACCAAACGGACGAAGUCAUUCAAGGCCUGUUGAGAAAGGAGUUUGCGAACUGGACAACGAUUGUGGUUGCGCACCGCUUGAGGACAGUGGCAGACUUUGACAAGAUCGUUGUGCUCAAGGACGGCAAGGUGGCCGAAGUGGGAUCUCCAACUGCAUUACUGGAAAAUGGGGGCUUGUUCAAGACGUUGUGGGAUCUACAAGAGUCAUAG